UGGCAAUGCUGGUUUAUUACUAGUGAAGUGGCGGAAAGGGAGAACUGUCGCGAAGGAAAAUUAAUUCGAUAGAAAAAUCCCUGAAUAGGGAUAAUAUGAUACUAAAAGAACGUAUUUUUAAAACCUGUUAAUAAGAAAUUAAAGACUUUGUUCGGAGUGAAGUGAUUAUAUUGCAAAAUAGGAACUUAUUGUUGAUUGAUAAGUGAAAAUGGCAGCCUUACCACGCAGGAUAAUCAAGGAAACUCAAAGAUUAAUGCAAGAACCCGUACCAGGAAUUAGUGCUGUGCCCGACGAUAGCAAUGCCCGUUAUUUUCACGUUAUAGUAACAGGGCCUGAGGACUCGCCAUUUGAAGGGGGCCUCUUUAAAUUAGAAUUGUUUUUACCUGAAGAUUAUCCAAUGUCGGCUCCCAAAGUGAGAUUUAUAACCAAAAUAUAUCAUCCAAAUAUAGACAGACUAGGAAGAAUUUGCCUGGAUAUUUUGAAGGAUAAAUGGUCCCCUGCACUUCAAAUUCGUACCGUGUUAUUAUCCAUUCAAGCACUUCUAAGUGCACCAAAUCCAGACGAUCCUUUAGCUAAUGAUGUUGCGGAAUUAUGGAAAGUAAACGAAUCGGAAGCUAUAAGAAAUGCUAAGGAAUGGACACGAAGAUAUGCAAUGGAUAAUUAAGCUGUGCUUAUUUAUCUCGUUCGAUAAUAUACUUAAUGGUUAGAAAUACCUAGAUAUUGAAUGGGGUGGGUUGGCAAGUUGAUUUGAUUUUUGUUGUGGUGGAUAACCAAGGCAAAAUUUAUGUGUUACGUUAGUUGCCUAUCUACUCUAUAUAUCUUGUUUUCUUUUAGCCAUACCAAAUCACUUGAGCUAUUUAAUCUGUCUAUAGUUUUCAAACUCUUUUAUCGCUUCCUAAACAGUAAGGAAUUAUUGUAAUAAUGUGUACAUUACCUACAAAUUAUGAAAUAUCCGUGAGGUGAUUUGGAAUGGUAAUUGAGCUUUACCAAUUAUAAAAUCAUUAAAUUUCUUUAUUUAUUUUUUACUUUCUCAGUUGUUAAAUUAGAAACGUGUAAAAAUAAUUAUUCCUCAGAGUCGUAUUUUGAAAGCAUUCUGUUGAUUAUUUUACGUUAAAUAAUCAAUUUUAUUGUAAUAAUUAGUAUGUUUUAGUUUAAGACAAAAUUUCUUUCUUUAUUUAAUUGUAUAUUAAUGUGGUGUAUCUUUUAGUAUUUUUAAAGUAUUGGAAGGACUUCCUAUAAAAGAAAAACUUCAUACUAUUUUUUACUUAUAUUUCAAUGAUGUAUCUUUAAAAUGUAGACCCAAAUAAUUAAAAAAACAAUAAUCAUUGUAACUAAUCAGUUGAGUAAUAUUGUUUUUGUUAUUCUUAAUAAGGAGUCCUUAAAAAAUUAUUUUCAGUUCAAGCAAUUAUUUUGUGUUUAAUCACAAUUAAGGAUGAAAUUUAGUUUGUUGUAAAUAAAAUUAUGUAAGGCUUUUUACAAAUAAAUUUCUUUCAAUAAGA